AUGACGAGGGUGAAGUUGCUGGGAAGGACUAUUAACCUGAGAAGAUUGAUCUCGGAGAGGAUGAACAAAGUAUUCAGAAGUAAUAUUGAGUUUUUGUUUGAUCGUUUUGAGUCUCAGGAUCUAUGUGCAAUUGUGGAAUUGGAAAGGCUACUAGAUGUUGUGCAACUUGCUCAUGACUUGCUGUCCAAAGAUCUCACGCUUGAUUCAUUUGAUCUCAUGUUGAAUGAGAUGCAAGAGAAUGUAUCUAUUGUUUCAUAUUCUAGUCGACUUGCGUCUCAGAUUUGGACGGAGAUGCAAAAUGACUUCUUACCAAACUUCAUCCUCUGUAAUACAACUCAACGCUUUGUCCGAUCAUCAAGAGUGCCCCUUGUUCCUGUUCAGAAGCCAUCAGUUCCAUAUGCAAAGCCAAACUUCUAUUGUGGUACUCAAGAUUUAAAUUCUGCUUACCAGAGCUUUGCUCGACUACAUAGUGGAUUUUUUGGAAUGCCUCACAUGUAUUCCAUUGUCAGACUCCUGGGGUCUAGAUCAUUGCCAUGGCUCAUCAGGGCACUAUUAGACUAUAUCUCAAAUAAGAUAACUACCCUAGAACCAAUGAUCGCUGGACUGCAAGAGGCUUUACCAAAAUCUAUUGGAUUACUUCCCUUUGAUGGUGGUAUGGCAGGCUGUAUGAGGAUUGUUAAAGAGCAUCUUAAUUGCUGGCAUUCCAAAUCAGACCUUAAAGCAGAUUCUCUUCGUGGAAUAAAGGAAAUUGGAAGCGUGUUAUACUGGAUGAGUCUGCUCGAUAUUGUCAUGAGAGAAGUGGACACUAGCCAAUUCUUGCAAACUGCGCCUUGGCUGGGUUUGAUUCCUGGUGCAGAUGGGCAAAUCAUGCAAUCCCAGGAUGGUGAAGAUAGCCCGAUUGUAACUCUCUUCAAAUCUGUAGCUUCUGUUACUUCAUCAAAUCUUCACUUCUCAAAUCCGUCAGUAUUCCGAGUGCUGUCAAGACAGGCAGAAGCUGCUGAUUUGUUAUAUAAGACCAACAUUAAUGCUGGAAGUGUGCUGGAAUACGCACUUGCUUUCACAAGUGCAGCUUUAGAGAAAUACUGUAGUAAAUGGAGUGCAGUUCCCAAGACAGGGUUUGUUGACAUUACUACUUCAAAAGAUUUUUAUCGUAUAUAUAGCGGCCUCCAAAUCGAAUACCUUGAGGAAGCCAUUCAGGCACAAUCGAGCAAUCGUGAAGUGUUGGGUGAUUCAGUUGCCUGGGGUGGUUGUACAAUAAUCUACCUUCUUGGCCAACAGUUGCAUUUUGAACUUUUCGACUUUUCACAUCAAGUCCUCAAUGUUGCAGAGGUUGAGGUAGUAGAAGUCGCACCAACCCAUAAGAAUCUUCAUACUGUCCAGAGUUCGGAAGUCCUAUUAGAAGCUAUGAAGAAAGCAAGACGACUGAAUAACCAUGUAUUUUCAAUGUUGAAAGCUCGCUGCCCAUUAGAGGACAAGCAGGCUUGUGCAAUCAAGCAAAGUGGCGCGCCACUGCAUCGAAUAAAGUUCGAGAACACAGUCUCAGCCUUCGAAACAUUGCCACAGAAAGGUGCCUGA